AAAAAAGUAACAAAUAAGAUUUGAAGGAAAAAGACUAUGAAUACUGCAUAAUACUGCGUCACUCAAUAGGGCCACAGACCUUCAUAAUGAUUUUAAAACGUUUGUACUCAUCGACGUGAAGCAUCAGUACCUAAAUUGUACCUUCCAAGGAAAAUCGUAUCGUAUAGAUUUUAAAGAAAACGAUAAACUGGUAAAUAAACAAAGUUUCUUAAUGAAAAAAAUAAACUACGAAGAAACUUCGAGUGUUUUCUACAUCGAGAUCUCAACGCGAACGACAUGCUCAUACCUUUUCCUCAUAAAUCUAUCAUUACCAAUGUACUUUAACGACCUUCUGCAGGCGACCUGGAAAUGACUGCGCUCUUGCGGUUCGCUGAUGAUAACCCGUUAUGUUUAUGUUAGCAUCAUCGACGUCACUGACAAACUAUUCUUCGCCAUUUUCGGUCAGAACGAAGCUGCUGACUUCAUGAUCUCAUGGAAGAAAAAUAUCCAACCUCCCUGGAUAGUUAAUAUCAUCAAGGUAUCGUUCUCCGUCUACAUGCUGGUCAGUGUAAUAGUACUGAUAAAUCUUCUAAUUGCGAUGAUGAGUGACACUUAUCAAAGGAUCGUAUCGCAAAGUGACAUCGAGUGGAAAUACGGCCUGAGUAAGCUCGUUCGAAGUGUUCAAAGAGCCCGAACCCCACCCAUGCCUUUGAAUCUCUUCAGCACGUGGAUAAGCUGGCUUAAUAAUACUUACAAAGCUCGCAAAGAAAAGCGAAAGAAAGACCGAGACAAAGAAAGCCUCCUCUCGCAACACGGAUAUUCGAACAAUCAGGGCCUCCACCUGGAAAAUGGGAGAGCGGGCGGAAAGCCAAGUUCAGCGGGCAGUGCAUUCACGUUUGCAAUCGUGCCAGGAAUCAAUACGAUCGUGGAUUGGGCAGUCGUUCGAAAAAAAUAUAGAAUGCUCUUCGGUGAUGAGCCCGAAAAACCUUAAAACAAGUUAACCCCCCGAUAAAUAAGAUUUUCAACGAUU